AUGUCUGGAUAAUAAGAAAUAAGGGAAUAAUACAGAAUAGAUACAUCCACUAAAAAUUUAAUAGGUUAAGGUGGAUUUGGAUCAGUUUAUAAAUGUUAAAGAAAAGAUGGUUCAGAUAAUGAUUCAUUAUGUAUAAAGAUAAUCAAAAAGGAUAGAAACUAAAUGAAACAAUUAAAAUAAGAAAUAGAAAUAUAAAAGUUAAUAAUGAAUCUUAAAACUGAUAAACUAUUACGUACAGAGAAUAUAAUAAAUACACCUCAUUAUUUUGAAGUUAUUAUGGAAAGAUGUGAUAUGAAUUUAGAAUAAGAAUUCGGAAAUUUAAAAAAUAAAUAAUAAUGGUAUGAUUUUAAUGAUUGCUUAAAUAUUAUUAAUUAAAUAUCAGUAGGAUGUCGUAUUUUAUAUGAACAUAAUAUUGUACAUAGAGAUAUUAAACCAUCUAAUAUUUUAGUUAAAUUGGAAAAUAAAGGAUAGAUUAAUGAAAGGAAAUUAUAUAAAGUAAAUGUCAAUAAAUUAAAAUUAGAUUUCAGAUUUUGAUUUUAGUAGAAUAUUAGUUGAUUUUCUUGAUCCUGAUGAAAUUACAACUGUUGGAACACCUUGUUAUGAAUCUCCAUAAAUAUUUUAUAACUAAAAAUAUUCAGGAAAAUGUGACAUAUUUUCUUAUGGAAUUUUAUUCUAUUAGAUAUUUUUUAAUGGACAAUUGCCAUUUAAUUCCAUCUAAAAUGGGAAAAAAGAAAUUUAUGAAUUCAUGAAAUAACUUUAUAACAAAUAGUUCAAAUGUGAACUUCCAAAUUAUCCUCGUGCAAAGGAGAUAGCUGAUUUAUUGUAAAAAAUGAUUGUUUAUGAGGAAGAAGAGAGAAUUUCAUUUGAUCAAUUUUUUCUACAUCCAAUUAUUAAUUUAGAGGAAUAUGAAAUUUAUAAAAUACAAUAAGUUCAAUUUAGAAAAUAUUUACUUUAUAAUUCCAUUUGUGAAAAGUAUGAAAACUAAGAUUAAAUUUUAAUAUUGAGUGCAGUAUUUUGUUUAUAAUUGUUAGGAGAUCAGGAACUUUUAUAUUGUAUGGGAUUUAUCCAUAUUAUAAUAUCAGAUAUACAUAUAUCUUACAAAUAGAAUAAGGAUAUUACAACUAUAAUGAGGAUUCUAUAAUAAUGUGCUUAAAAUAUAAAUAUAUAUCCAUAAUACUAAUUAUUAACAAAAAGAAUAAAAUAAGCUUAUUUUUAAUUAAAGAAAAAAAUAUUUAAUUUAAGAGAAUAAUUUAGAUAAAAAUUAAAUAGGAGUUACAAUAAAAACCCCUUUAUAACAGAGAUUACUUAAAUUUUAGAAUAGAGUUAAUAUUUAAGAAUUUAACCACAAAGCAUAUUUGAUUAACUUAGGUCUCUUUUAGAUCAAAACUUAUAGGAGUAAUGAU